AUGAAAGAACCUCUACUCCGAAAUUCCGAAGAACCUUUUUUCGAGGUUUCGUCCUCAUCAGACACACAACCAAUCAUGAGUGUUUUGCAAAAUGUUCCGACAAUUUCAAUUCAUACAGAGGAGGAACCUACGAAUGUCGUUGUCAACUUGACGAAUAACAACAAUAAUAACACUUCCAAUUUUGGCAACAAUGAUAUUUUGCCGAAUUAUAACAAUAAUUCAUCGUUUUUUAACACAUCACUGGUGAGGAGAGGAAGUGCAAUUUCUAGUGCUACAUUUGCGGAUGAUGCUUCUUCUUCGGCACCGUAUUAUGAGUUGUCGAGUGUGAAAAUUAGAAGAAGCUCCAUGACAAGUGACAUGUAUCAAGGACACAAAUCACCUCGAAAGCAUUUUGUCAAUAAUUAUUUGGAUGAAUAUGAUGAAUUUAAAGUUUGGCAGGAGAAAUAUCCUGAUGGAAAAUACUGCGUAGUGAGCAAGAAAUUCCUACCUGGCGACUGCUUUAAAAACAAUUACAAAGUCACAAUUUCAAAUUUGGAAGUAUUUCAAAACAUUUUGCGUGACGUGAGCGAUAUUGAGGCAUUGCUUUGGAAAAAGACUACAGGUCAAUAUAAUGAAAAUGAUGAACGAGAGGCCGUAAUGGUCAUGUGCAACGUUGCAGAUUUAAUAUUUGAAGGCGUUCAAUCGAGAUAUGAGUAUUUUGCAAUUCAUGAUUUAUCUUCCUCAUCAGACAAGAUACCCAGUCAUCAAUAUUAUCAGCAACGACACAAAAAAGAACGACCAGUUAUGGACAAUGACUACUUUGCAGUUCAUAAUUUAACAUGCAAGGAUUUCACAAAGAAUUGUUGUUACGCCAUUUUACUGAUUAUUGCGAUAUUUAUAUUUUUAUUGGUGGCAAGUAUUCCAAUGUGGUUGAUUGAGGGCUCGUACGAAGUGAGCGCCCUUAAUGAAGCUCAAAAAAACAUGACUCUGGCCCAUAAUGGAACCAUGGUCACGAAUGGUACAGCUAUUACAUAUGAUUUAUUUAAUAUUGAAAAUUGGUAUUAUACCAAUUGUUUAUACUUUACUACUGUGACAUUUACAACGGUUGGAUACGGUGACAUUUAUCCUCACACGACGGCUGGUAAAUUAUUUGUGAUUUUAUUUGGCUUAAUUGGAUUAGCAACCGUAGGUGCCAUGACAGCCGUGCUCGGUAGAAAACUCGUUCAAAAUACCAAAGCAGUACUCUCUCUCUUUUCCAACACGAUCAUCUUUUUCAUUAGAGUCAUCAUGUCAUGCACAUUCAAAUCCACACGAGAUCGAAACAACCGGUACGAGAAAUAUGUCACUGCAGUCGUGACCCAUCCUGUGAGUCAACUCUUUUAUUUCUUCUUCAUUUUCACAACGUAUUCGAUGGUAGGAGCUGCUAUUUUCUCAGCCAUGGAAGGUUGGAAAUUUGAAGAUUCUCUCUACUUUGUGUUCAUUACUCUUGCUACUAUUGGUUAUGGUGAUUUGAAAUUGAAACAAACAGGUUCUAAAUUUUUCUUAAUUUUCUUCCUUUUAAUUGGUAUUGGCUUAUUGGGAAUUUUACUUGCCUUAUUAGGUGGAAUAUUUGCCAAUUUAUUGAAAACCUUGUACUUUAAGUGCACGAGUCAAGAAGAGAAAACAGUGGCUAACAACAUGUUCAGCACUCGCUCUGUUCAAGAUACAACAGCUCGUUAA